AUGUAUCAUCAACACCAUCACCACCAUGGAAAGAACAUUUACCAAGAAAGGAACUCGUUUAUUCACGGAGUGAAUGGAAAUGGAGAUUCAGGUCUUGUGCUCUCAACUGAUGCUAAGCCGAGGCUGAAAUGGACGCAUGACCUGCACGAACGGUUUGUCGAGGCAGUUAACCAAUUAGGUGGAGCAGAAAAAGCUACACCAAAAUCAGUCUUAAAACUUAUGGGAAUUCAGGGGCUAACAUUGUAUCACCUGAAGAGUCACCUCCAGAAAUAUAGACUAAGUAAAAACCUAGCAGCACAAGCUAAUAGUGGGAACAAUAAAGCUUGUAAGGAAUCCUAUCUUACAGCACCAGCAGAUAAAGUACCUGAGGUAAAUGGAACUCGCAUGAAUGAUCCAAAUAUUGCAAACCAAACAACUAAAAAUAUACAUUUAGGAGAAGCAAUACAGAUCCAAAUUGAAGUGCAGCGAAGAUUACAUGAACAGCUGGAGGUACAGCGUCAUCUGCAGAUGCGGAUAGAGGCCCAAGGCAAAUACUUGCAGUCUGUGUUAGAGAAAGCACAGGAAUCACUCGACAGGCAGAACUCAGGAAUUAAAGAACUCUCUGAUAUACACGUGCAAACAAACCACACAACCAAAUUUUCAGGGGAGAGAGAUUAUCUUAUGAUGAUGAAUGGAGAUGGUGACAAUGAAUUUGCAGCUGGAACGGAUUUCAACAAUUUAACAGUGAGCACAGGCUUUCAUAACGACAACUGUCCAGAAGAGGACCAACUCUUUUACCCAAACACAGAUAGCAAUGAUUCAAUUAAACAGGGGAAGCAUAAAAUAUCACCAGAAGUGAAAUUUCCUUAUCUGUCGACAAAACUAGACCUCAAUGCAGACGGCGAAGGCAGUGUUGCUUCAGGUUGCAAGCAAUUGGAUUUAAAUGGAUUUAGCUGGAGUUGA